AGCUAGCCUGAGCAGCUGAGCUAGUGAGAGCUCACUCCACCUGCAGACCUCCACUUGACGCUCCCCGCCAGCUACUACUCCAACCAACAAAAUACCUCCGUCUCCGCCUCUCCCAUGGAUUGGAGGUUGGGGGCGUGACCGCGUGAGUGAAGGAAGGGUAGGUAGGUCGCUGGAUAGGGACAGGGAGACGGCGGGAGGCGUUUCGCCGAGCAGUUGGCGUGCUUCCUCCACUCCACAGGCCGACCGACGCGCGCCCCGCUCCGCGCCGCUGUUUCAGGUUCUACAAUUCCAGUGUUGAGUGCUUUAGGCUACUAUGGGCAAGUCACCGGGGAAGUGGAUCAAAUCGGUGCUUUUGGGGAAGAAAUCUACCAAGUCAGGUUCUACCAAGGUGAAUGAAUCGAAGGCUGAUAACAACAGAUAUUCAACUGGGGAGGACCGCACAUUAUCUGAGAAUUCUCCUGUGAUUUCUGAGCCGGUACUAGUUAACAUCCACAAGAAUGUAGCUGUCAAUGUGAUGGCUGAAAAUGUCAGUGAUAGGGAAGCGCGACAAGAUCUGCAGAACCAAAGUAUUGUUGAGCCCAAAUCAUCGUCUCCUAGUCAGCUGGGAGAAGACCAAGCUGCAGCAAAGGCACAGGCAGCCUUUCGUGGUUACCUGGCACGAAGGUCAUUCCGUACAUUAAAAGGUAUCAUAAGACUUCAGGCACUGAUUCGAGGGCAUCUUGUAAGGAGGCAGGCUGUAUCAACCCUUCGUACAACAUGGUUGAUUGUGAAGUUUCAGGCUCUUGUUCGUGGAAGAAAUGUUAGACUCUCUGGUGGUCACACACAAUUCAAUGUGAAGCUUGGGCAGCAUAACUUUGGGGGUGUUGGAUCAUCUGAUGCAUGGAAAGAGAAGCUGUCUUCAAAUGCUUAUGUUCGGAAGCUUCUGUCUUCACCAAUUGUGCUAGAACCUCUUCACUUCCAAUAUGACAAGAGGGAUCCCAAUUCAACCUACAACUGGUUUGAGAGAUGGACCAUAGGAUGCAUCUGGAAACCUGCUUUUCAACCCAAAAGAGUUGCUGAUGGGAAACCACUGGUAAAGAAGGCUAGUUAUGCAAUGGAAACUGAAUCAGCCAAGUUAAAGCGCAACAUUCGGAAGGGUUCUGCUGCUGUCGCUGGGAGUUUCCAUACAUCUGGUGAAUCUGAUAAAGUAAAGCGGAAUCCAAAGAAAAUCUCUAGCUUCCCUGCUGAUUCAGUACCAGAUAGCCAGUUAUCUGAACUUGAAAAGGUUAAAAGGAACCUCAGGAAGGUAACUGAUUCGAUGGCUGAAGCCUCAAAGAUAUCUAGUUCCAGGGUUGAUUCCUCGAAGGUAUGUGAUUCUACAGCUGAUGUCCCAAAGGAAUCUAAUCCUGUGGUAGAAAUCUCAAAGACACCUAGUCUCAUGAAUGGGAUCUCUGACCAUCAAGGUAUUCAAUGUGAGAAUACACGUGAGGCUUCAUUUCCUCUUGAAACUCAAGAAUACUCUGACAGUGAUCAUCUGUUACGAUAUUCAAAUAUGGAUAGCUUGGACUUGGUACCUGGUUUGAAAAGUGACCGGGAAAUUCAGCUGGAUUCGGUUUCUGUAGGAGAAAAUGUUGAUGAUCCCAUUGUUGUUGCUCCAGCAGUUGAAGAAAUGCCACUGCAAAACAUUGAUAUUGAAGACAAUGUUUUGUGGAAGAAAGAGGAAGCAAGGUCCAAGGAAGAGAACCUGUCUAAUGGAAGCCUUAGAACUAGCAAGAGGAAGUCUUCAUUCCCCAACAAAUCAGAAUAUGUAGAAAAUGGGACUCACGCUACUCCUGUUCAGCCAAGGCAGCCAAGCUAUAUGGCUGCGACGGAGUCCGCAAAGGCGAAACUGCGAGCCCAGAAUUCACCAAGGCUGGAUUCUGAUUCAUCAGCAGAGAAGAAUGGUUUCACCCGACGCCACUCUCUUCCUUCCAGCACAAAGAGUAGAGCAAUCAAAGCUGAGUGGAAGCGCUGAAGAGGCAACCAAUCUUCCACUUGAAUUGAAUUGUGCAAUGCUCUGAAACUUAGCUGGAUGAACUCGAUGAUCUUGCCCCUUUUAAGUCUCCUGCGAUGUAAAGAGAGAUAUUCUUGUUGUAUUGAACAACCUUGUGAAGUUGUGAUUCUGGUUCAGUUUGUCGUAGGUUCAUGUGCAACCACUAGUGCCUUGUGUCAUUGUAUAUUGCACGAUUCUUGUUGAAGGAACUAUGCCUGUGUAAGCUGAUGUUAGGACUGCAUUAACUGAAUAACAUCAUCCAGUUGGCCUU